CCUGGGGCGCGCACGCGGCGGGCACUGGCCCUUGCAGGUAGAGCUCGACGCGGCCCGGAGACAGCGCGGCGGGAUGGGGCGGCCCGGGGUCCGCUGCCUCGUGCUGCUCGCUGCCUGCCUGGAGCUCUGCGGGCCGCGCGGGGCGCUCGGAGCAUCCUUUUAUGGCGAAAGCUACGUGAGGCUCAGCAUCACAGAAGUUUCCUCCGGGCUGUCUCUUCAAUUGAGAUUUCGAACCAGCAAGCCACAAGGCUUGCUUUUUCUAGCAGCUGGGAAAAUUGACUAUUGCCUAAUAGAACUUCUGUCAGGAAUAUUACAGGUGAAAAUAAAUUUGGGUGCAGGUGAACAGAUCCUCCUUUCUGAACCAAGACUUCGUGUGGACAAUUUGGUUUGGCAUUCAGUGGCACUGUACUAUGACAAGGAGAAUGUUUUCUUGGUAAUUGACAAGCAUUAUGAGACAGCUGGCCAGCUUCAUCGGGGGAUGCACAACUUCACAUUUCACCAUGGAAUCUAUGUAGGAGGUCGUGGGGCACUCAGCGUCCCUUACCUGGACAGAAAGAGCCCCAACUUCCGAGGAUGCAUAGAGGGUGUGGUGUUUAACCAGAGGGAGAUCCUCACAUCGCUUCGGUCUUACCCUGGUUUUAAGAAGGUUUAUGAGGUGUCCCUGGGAUGUAACGAGGAGUUUUUUGCUGGGAAGAAUGAAGCUAUUAGCUUUUUCAGCUCUAGGUCCUAUGUCGCCUUUCCAGAAUGGAGAGUACAGGAGGAGGGGAUACUGAGAUUCGCUGUGCAAACUGGAACCCAACAAGCCAUGCUCUUAUUUCAGUCAGGUAGAGGAAGAGAUUUUGUUGCCUUGGAAAUACAUGAAGGUCUAUUGAAGGCUCAUGUUGGAAGGGGACAAACAAAAACUCAGCUUUCAUCCCUCACCUUGAUUAGUGACAACAAGUGGCAUGUUGUUCACCUCCGAGUCACGAGGAGGCAUCUGGACCUCAUGGUAGAUGAACACGGGGUAAGAGCCACGCUGCCUCCACAAAGCCAAGCGUUUGUAUCUGAAGGCCCCUUGUUCGUGGGAGGCCUGGAUCACCGGAUGUGGGAAACAGGGCGGGGGUUAGGCCUUGUGUCUGUGCCUGGGAAAUCUGCUCGAGGCACCUCUCUGAAAGGGUGCCUGAGAGCCUUGGAAGCAAACUCGGAAAAGAGGGCAUUAAGGGAUGCACUUGUUUCCAAAGACAUUUCUUCUGGGUGCACAAGUGAGAGCAUCCAUGGAACAAAUCCUCCUGUGACUAUAGAAGGCCAGUUUCAGCUGGAGCCAUCCCCCUCCACGGCGGUUCCCAGUACCGGUUCCCCUCUGGAAAAUCAAAGGGGCAGUUUUCUGGUUUUGAAUAAGUUGGAAGUCCAAGAAGGUGGACGGGCCUUACUGGGACAAAAGCAUAUCAACGUGAAUGUGGACUUUAUGGAUCUGGGUAUCAAUGAUUCUCAGAUACUAUUUCAAAUACAGGAAAUGCCAGCUCACGGUUUCCUUCAAACAGAUGUUUGGUCUGCACAAGAAAAGGAGAGGACUUUUACUCUGUUAGACUUGAGGCAUGGGAAAGUGUGGUAUGUCCACGAUGGUUCGGAAGAGCCUACAGAUUCUUUUACAUUCUGGGUUUUUUCUAGUAGCAAGAGGGAGAUGCCAUCCCAGCUGCAGGAUCCCAUUCCACAUGUUUUUAACAUUAUUGUCAUUCCAGUGAAUGACCCCCCAUACCUUAAGCUCCCAGAAGGACACUUGCUUCUCUUCGAGAACUCAAAGAAACAACUGACCCCCAGUGUAGUGCAGGUGUCAGACCCCGACACAGAGUCUCAGCAUCUCAGACUCUCGGUUCUCAGCAACUUCAAUGCAGAUGCUGGGUUUUUAGAAAGUGCCCGUGACCCUGGGAGAGCUAUCAAUGGUUUUACACAUGUGGAUUUACAAGAAGGCAACAUUUUCUACGUGCACAGGGGUCACCGGAACUCUCGGAUUGUUCUGAGAGCGACCGACGGCGAGCUGGUGAGCAAUACCGUGGUGUUGCGUGUUAUGGCUGUUCCUUGGGACUUUGAAGUGACAGAUGGGACUGGCGUGGUGGUGCCACAGGGUGGUACGGUUCUGAUCACGAAGAGCGACUUGUCAGUGAAGGUAAAUGGGGAACCACAUGAGUUGGACACUCACUAUGAUAUCACCCGUCCACCUCAGUUUGGCCAGAUUCAGCAUCGGGGAUCCAACGGGGAAUGGAAACAGGUUAGUAGCUUUUUUCAAUGCUCUGUUGACCAGGGUCAGAUUCGAUACUAUAGUUCAUUCCAAGAACUGCAGCAAGAAAAUGUUACAGAUCACUUUAAAUUUAAAGUUAGCAUCGAAGGCAGGGUAAGCAAAGAGCUCCUGUUUCCGGUGGCUGUUCAGUGGCUGAGAUUGACACUUCUGAAGAAUAUUCCUCUAGAGAUUAGCAGUGCAAACAAGAAAAUCUUGGAUUCUGAUCAUCUGCAGGCUGCAACGGAGGGUGUGGAGGUAUCUGAGAGGGAACUCUAUUUCAAGUUACUGAUCCCACCUAAGAAAGGAAACUUGCUACUUGGCAAUGAAGUUCUCAAAACAAGCUCAGUUUUCAGUCAAAAAAAUAUUACAGACUCUGAGGUAAGCUAUGCAUCUCAGGGGAGGCCCAGGGAACACUCACAGGAUACUUUUCGUUUUUCAAUUGUUGUAAAACACAUUGAAUCAAAAGACUAUACUUUCAGGAUAAACCUUAAGGCAGAUAAGACCCAUAUUAUUUUAACUAACACUGGAUUAUUUGUAAAAGAAGGGGAAUGGACAUUCAUUUCGAAAUCAGAAUUAUUUGUUCAAACUUCGGACAACCAUGUCUUCCGAUACAAAGUCACCAAGAGUCCUCAGCAUGGGGAACUGAAACUGGUCAGUUCUUCCACUUCUCUAGGAAAUAACAAUGGCAUCACUGAAUUCACAGAUGGGGACAUAGAGGGCGGAAGGCUGAUGUAUGUUCAUGAUGACUCUGAGACCCAGCAUGAUGAAUUCAUCGUUUUGGCCUCUGCCACAGAGCUGGGCCAACAGGGAGGUGUCAGAAGUCUUGACUCCGCGCACAUGCCUACAGAAAUCAAAGUCAGCAUUUCUGUUGAGUUGAAGAAUGAUGAGAAACCAGUGCGAGUGGUAGAUAAGGUCUUUCAUGUUGUGCGGGAUAGCCAGCGCUUACUGACGCUGGCAGACCUCUGCUACCAUGACCCUGACUUAGAUUUCGAUGAUGGGCAGUUGCUCUACACUCGGCGUGGCAUACCAAAUGGAGAUUUGGUGAAAGCCAGUGACCCGACUCAGAAGCUCUACCAGUUCAGACAAGAGGACCUCCAGGAAGGGCGUGUGCUCUUCAGGCACCACGGUCCAGACUCUGCCCGAUUCCUACUGUUUGUGACAGAUGGUGUCCAUUACACGUCAUCCCUUUUGGAGGUCAGUGUGUCAGAGGCCUACGUCCACAUAGUCAACAACACAGGGCUGCUUGUGCACAGAGGGAGGGACAGCCGCCUCACCACAGCCAACCUGAGCGUCACCACAAACCAAGAUGUCAGAACAGACCAUGAGUUUGAAUUCCAUAUCUUGCAGCCCCCCAAACAUGGCAGAAUUCUGGUCAACAAUUCUGUGUUCCAUUCAUUUUCCCAGCAUGACCUGAAGCAGGGACACGUGAUUUAUAGGCACAAUGGCGAUGGGAACUUUGAUGUGUUUAACUUGACAGUGAAAGUUAAAGACGCCUCCUUAGAUGUGAGCAUUUGUGUUCAAGUGUCCUUGGAGAGUCACCAACGUGACGCUCAGAUUCUGCCCACCAGGACCCUUAUAGUGGAAGAAGGAAAACCAGUAAAACUGAGCAGUGGAAGUCUCCAGGCUGGGAAUGAGGACGAUAUACCUUCAGAGACAGUGUUCAUAGUCCGAACUCCACCAAUGCAUGGAUACCUCGAAAAAUCUCCAGCAGAAGACGGCAGCGCGGGUACAGUUAGGAGCUUCACCCAGCAGGAUAUUGAUGAUGGCAAUGUCCUUUAUGUACAGACAGCUCCCGGGCAACAAAAGGAUCAGUUCACCCUUGAUGUGACAGAGGACUCCCACUUUGUAAGGAGAAUGGAAGUGCAUUUGGAUAUCAUCCCUAAGUGGAUACCUCUGGAGGUGCAGAAUUUCACAGUUCAAGAAGGGGGUUCCAAAGCACUUCUACACGACCACCUCAGAAUUCCAAGCGAGUAUUUUGAGAGUCUUGACUGUGAAUUUGUUCUCCUGGAACCACCAAAGCACGGUUAUAUUGAAAGUUCCAAUUUUCCAAGAGUAAAGCUAAUGAAAUUUUCCAGGAAACAGGUGGAGCAGGGCUUGAUUUACUAUGUUCAUAACGGCAGUGAGGAGUCUCUGGACAGUCUCACCGUCUUGGCCAACAGCUCAGAGCUUGGGAAACAGAGUCUGCCUCGGAUUCUUUUUGUGACUGUUGAGUCUGUAAAUGACAAGGUUCCAGUAAUAACAGCCAAUAAAAUCCUCCAGGUGUGGGUGAAUUCUGUCACUGAGAUAACCAGAGAUGACCUGUGUGCAGAAGAUGGGGACUCUUCCCCACAGGACUUGGUCUACUGGGUCACUCCUCCCAGCAACGGGCACCUGGCUCUCAAGUCCAUUCCCGGCAGAAGCAUCCAGAACUUCACUCAGGCGCAAAUCGAUGAGGGUCAGCUGGUGUUUGUGCACUCUGGAGCAGUGUCAGGAGGCUUUAAUUUCCAGGUGACUGAUGGUUUGAAUUUUGCACCUCGGCAAAUCUUCAGCAUCACUGCCAGAGCUCUGAUCAUUAGCUUAGAAGUCAACAAAGGAUUGAGCAUCUUCCCAGGUUCCACGAAACCACUUUCAUCUCAUGUCCUGAGAGCCGUGACCAGCGAUGACGAGGCAAGAAACAGAACAAUAACCUUUACGGUUGUGAGUCCCCCUAGACUUGGGAGGCUGCUGAAGAUGAACUCUGACAACCACACAGAGGACGUUUCCGUUUUUACUCAACGUCUGGUCAGUGAAGGGCUGAUCCUAUACCAGCAUGUGGAUCUCGAGAACACAGGGUGGUCAUCAGAAGACUCCUUCACAUUCACAGCAUCCUCCCCUCCUGCAGCACUGGGUCCAGAGGAUUUCCGGAUUACCAUUUCAUAUGAAACCAACGAGUCGGGCCGGCAAAGCCGGCUGCUUGCAAAUACAGGAGCCUCUGUAAAGGAGGGAGAUGAAGUUCUCAUUGACCAAUCGAAGUUAGAUGCUGCCAACCUGUUACUGCAGCUACCCCAGCCUCAGCGGUCUUCCCAUGAAAUCUGGUUCCAGGUUACAGCUCUUCCUUGCCAUGGGACCAUUAUGGUUGGAGACAGAAACAUCACCACAGGAAAACCCUACUUCUCCCAGCACAUAGUGAAUGCAUUUGGAGUCACGUAUCUUCAUGAUGACUCUGAAUCAUUGGCUGAUAAUUUUACCUUUGCCGUUUGGCCAAACCCAAAGAACAAGUCCACUAGCAAGCCAGAGGCUGACUAUCUGGAAGAGAUGUUUAACAUUACCAUCAUCCCUGUGAAUGAUCAGCCUCCAGAAUUAAAGACCAAACGGCUUCAGUUAACAGUUCUGCAGGGCAGUAGGUUGGUUGUGGGACCCGAAAUCCUAAAAGUAGAUGAUCUAGACAGUCCUCCAAAUGAAAUCCAAUACGUGAUCAUCCGUCAUCCCAACAACGGCUUUUUAGCAAUGGCUCACGAUCUGGACACCACUGCUCAGCACUUUACACAAGCCGACAUCAAUAACGCUCAGGUGUGGUUCAUCCAAGAUGGAAGUCCGUCCUCAGGAGCAUUUUAUUUUAGUGUGACUGACGGUGAGCAUCGCCCUCUCUACAAGCUCUUCCACCUGGAUGUCAUCCCCAUCACCAUCACUGUGGUGAACCUCACAGACCUGCUUCUCCCACAAGGCCAGACCACUGUCUCCAUCACCAACGCUCACCUUUCUGCAGUGACCAAUGGAAGGAGCCUGCAGAUCGUCUACAGGAUGACACAGCCCCUCCAAAGUGGCCACUUGCUGAUCGAAAACAAGGUGGUCACCAGCUUUGGACAGGAGGAUUUGGACUCAGGAAGACUGUCUUACCACAUGACCAACCUCUCAGCCUCUGGAGAUCAGCUGCAUUUCUCCCUGUUUACAGCGGAGAGCAACUUGACAGAGCAGACGCUGGGCAUCAGAGUACAACCUUUACUGCGGGUUACACCGUACCUGAAAGUGGCCAACGGGGUAGCUCGUCAGCUGCAGAGAGAGGACCUAGACGCCACCGAGCUAGCUAACAGGACAAAUAGUGACCCCACAUUUGAGGUGACACAACCUCCCACCCACGGACGGCUCGUCCGAAGAGCAGUGGACAGCCCUGAGAUGGAAGAGAUCGCUCGCUUCACCCAGAGAGACAUCAACCGAGGUGAGCUGGUGCUUGAACCGUGUGCUAAUCUAACAGGCACGGACAGACUGAAUGACUCCUUCACCUUCUUGCUCAGCGCAGACCAUGUGCAGCCAGCAACAGGUUAUCUGGCCUUUACCAUAGUGCCACCAGACCCCUUACCUUUACAGACAUCUACACCACAUGUACCUUUAUUCAUCACUGGAGAGAGCUUUGUGGCCUCAGUUUUCUUUCAGAAGAAACUUAUGGCUUCUAUUAUAACACAGACAGAAACUCCAGGGAACCUGACCCAGAGCAGAUGGCAGGGGACGGAUUCCUGGGGACAGCUCAAUGGCAAAGAACCAAGAGGAGAUGGCAAGGUCUUCCCCACCAAGGUCAUUUGGCCAUAUGCUGCCACCAGAGUCGUCCCUGGGGGAGCCAUACAGCCCAGAGACAGCAGUUACUCUCUGAUGGUCGCCGUACCCUUGGCUGCUGUUUUUCUCCUCCUGGUGGUGACUGUGGUGGCCCUGUGUGUCUGGCUGCUCAGCCGAAAGGAGGAGAAGGCUAACCCUCUACUGCAGCCCAAGACCAACCUUGAAUCCCCGUCUCCCAGCUGUGGAGCGGAGAGGAGCAGAGCCAUUCCCACUGUAACCGUGACUCCCCUGAUGAGGAGCUCCAGCAGCCCGCCCCCCAGUCUCUUCCUGCCCCCACGGUAUGAUCAGAUGGCCUCUCCGGGGACUGAGCCUGUAGAGAAAUGUGCUCCUUGGGAGGCGUGGGUGAACCUGGAUCCUGACAUGGCCCAGCUCUGUCGACAAACCAACCCAGCCCUGAAACACAACCAGUACUGGGUAUAAGUGGGAACUGGCCCCCCCGCCC